AGUUAUCAUGCAUCCAUUUCAUGCCUACGUAUCUUAUCUUGUUGCUAACCCAAAUUAAACAUAAACCAUGAUAAUGCCAACUAACUACGCAGUUAAUUAUUCCAGCAAGUCUCAAUAUACUCUCACUCAAGUUAACUGCAGGUAAAAAAAUAUUUUGAAAUACCCCGUAUUCAAAAAUGGACGCCAUGGAAGUGGAUCCCGACGUUCCUGCAGAAUCAAUUUCAUCCUGGUUUGAUUAUCUAACGUUGGAAUCUUUUCUUGGAUCCGGGUCGUUCGGUUAUGUUUUCAAGGCGAUCAGUGGUCAGGUCUACCUUUCCGCUGUCAAAGUCAUAUUCAUCGACGUCGUCGUAGACAACCCGGACGACGAAGCCGAGAAACUCCGCCUCUCCCGAGAAUAUAAACUAAUGAGAGGAAAAAAGCACAAAAACUUGGUGGAAAUCUUGAAAUCAACCGACACACCUUUCACAGAAGAGGAUGUCAACGUCUUGCUAAACCUUCCAUGCCUUCAGGACAAUGAGACUGCCUUGGCUAACCUGCAGAAGUUUACUUUUCUAGCAAAACGACGAAAGAAAAUUGAAACGUUGUGCAUCCAAAUGGAGUUAUGUGGUAACACGUUGCGUCAAUGGUUGCACAUUAAUAAUGAAAUUGACGACCCAGCAUUGCAUCCGGUUCGAAAUCAAAUUGUGAAGGACAUGUAUGAAGGGCUAAAAUAUCUGCAUAGCUAUAACAUUAUGCAUCGAGACUUUCGCCCGGAAAAUAUUAUGUUUUCCUUUUCACUAACUGGAGAAGAGUUCGAGUUUCCGGUUAAAGUAGGCGAUUUUGGCCUAUGUCGACAGAUCCAUAGCGAGCAAACUAAAACCAAGACACUAACCCCGGAAGUAGGAAAUGCCAUUUAUCGGGCACCUGAAGCUAAUACCGACCAGUACGGCAUCCCGGCAGAUCUAUUCUCAUUUGGUUUAGUGUCAUGGGAGGUUCUACAGCGAAUUAAGCAGAAAGACACAAGAUCAAUGUUCCAUAACUUGGUACAUGGUCCAAGGAAUAAUCUUGUUCAGCGCAAAAAGUGGUGGUUUAGAAAAUGGGAACAUAUUAUUCUUAAACUAACUAAAACACGCCCGAAAGACAGAAUUAAGGGACAUGCGGAAAUAAUGUUAAUUGCACCACAAAAUGCCGCAGAAAUAAUCAUUGAAUCAAAGGAGCAAUUUUUCAAUCUAAAGACCUUCUUAGUAGAAGGUGAUAUCGUAACUAUUAAUCUUAAGGACAGUGGACUAAGCGAUUACUGUUGUUCCACGGAUAAUGUUACCUUCCGUGGCAUAAAUGCUUUCAGUCACCAAAAUUUAAGUUUGGAAAUAUGGACCAACUCCUGUUCAAUCAUGAAUCUGAACUUGAACUCUUUAAACUUGGAUGGGUGUAACGAUAAUGUUGUGAGCAACGUAAUUUGUGGUCAUUUAACUGUUUCCGGCAAUAGAAACUGUUUGGACAAGAUUGAGAUUUUACAUAGUGGUCUGGACACGUCGGGAAUUGAAGUUAGAGGAGAUAAACAUGUUUUACGAUCAAUCAAAUGCUGUCAGGAUAAUCAUCGAGAAAUACAGAAUUCCGAAAUUAACAAAUAUACGGAUCUCGACCUAUAUAACGGCCGAGAAUGCUUGCGUCUGGACAAGCAGAGCUCCAAUUGCACAAUUACAAAUGCUAUUCUACGCAAUGCACACAUCGACGGAACCGGACAUACUUUGAAAGACAUUAAGUGCGAUAGUUUUUUGAUAAUUUCCGGCAAAGAUCAUUCUACAGAAAAUUUAGAUGCUUUAUAUUUUACUCACGACACAAACAAAAUAACCGUAGAUUAAGUACAUAUUGGCAUAAAUAUAACAAAGUACUACACUGUGAAUAAUAAUAAAGCUAAACAUAUAACGAGAAAGUGGAAUGGUAUGUAAAUGUUUUUUGCUCGUGUAAAUAUGUAAUCAAUGCAGAUGGGCGUGUAUAUAGUAAAGUUAAAAAUAUCAUAUAAAGGGAAAUACUUAAUAAUAUUUUACACAUGUAAUUAUUGGAUAAAUUAAUCAAUGUGUGUAUGUGCGUGGAGUCUAAUAAAAUAAAUCAGAUUUGUCAUAUUAUUGUAGGACCUACUUAUAAAAC